CAUCGCAUCCCCACCAAAGCAUUCCACAAAAUUCAGCAAGCAAUCCAACGCAGUCCAACCCGAGGAGAUCGACCGAGCUCGAGAAUGGCGGGCAUGGUGUUCGGCUUGGAUGCCCCGAUGAUGGCCGCCCUGCAGCACCUGCUGGACAUCCCGGACGGCGAGGCCGGAGCUGCCGCCGGCGAGAAGCAGGGCCCGACGCGCGCCUACGUCCGCGACGCGCGCGCCAUGGCGGCCACCCCCGCCGACGUGAAGGAGCUGCCGGGCGCGUACGCGUUCGUGGUGGACAUGCCGGGGCUCGGGUCCGGCGACAUCAAGGUGCAGGUGGAGGACGAGCGGGUGCUGGUGAUCAGCGGCGAGCGGCGGAGGGAGGAGAAGGAGGACGCCAAGUACCUGCGGAUGGAGCGCCGCAUGGGCAAGCUGAUGCGCAAGUUCGUGCUGCCGGAGAACGCCGACAUGGAGAAGAUCUCCGCCGCGUGCCGCGACGGCGUGCUCACCGUGACCGUCGACAAGCUGCCGCCGCCCGAGCCCAAGAAGCCCAAGACCAUCCAGGUCCAGGUCGCCUGAGAUGCAUCGUGUGCGCGUCGAAUCGAAUCAGAGUGUGAGUGGGUAGCGAGUUUCCUGUGAUGAGUGAUGGGAGUGUCUGUCCUUUGAUUUCAUCUACUAGUAGUAUGGUUAUCUGAGGGAGAGGGUGUGUACUGUCUGUUCGUGCGUACUGGUGGUUGUUUGAUGUUUCGUUAAUGGAAAUGGGGAUGAUCUCCGGCCUCGCCUGAAUAAAACAUGCGAACCUUAA